AUGCCUAUCGACAAUGCAAUUUCUGGGCGGCUCGCCCUCGUCACAGGGGCAUCUGGCGGCAUAGGCGCAGCAUGUGCUCGGGACCUGUUCUCUAAUGGAGCAUCUCUGGCAUUGACUUACUACACUCAGAAAGGUUCUGUAGAUCAAUUGAUCCAAGAACUGGAACCGCAUGCUGCCGGACGCAAAAUUACUGCCCACCAAGUCGACAUGGCAUCUGACAUCGACCUGACCAGACUCUACGCGGAGAUCAAGGCGCAGCAUGAGCAAGGCCCAGAUAUCUUGGUGGCGAAUGCUGGCUACGGAAAGCGGGUGUCCGAUAUUCUCGACAUCGACGUAGCCGAAUGGGAUUAUACCAUCAACGUCAAUCUGCGCGCCAGUUUCGUACUGACCAAGUUGGCGGUCGCACAUAUGAAGGAGAAACAGUGGGGUAGAAUUAUCUACAUCUCCAGUAUUGCGGCCGGGGGGACUUCGAUCAACGGCUGUCACUACUCUGCGAGCAAAGCAGGGAUUCAAGGAUUAUCGAAGAAUCUGGCGAUCAAGCUGGCCAAAGAUGGAAUCACCUGUAAUGAUGUGGCACCAGCAAUGAUUACAGGAACAGGCAUGAUUCCCGAUGAGGAUUUCUUGAAAGGCACUCCGGGCGACGUGAAGAAUAUUCCGGUCGGUCGCGCAGGCUCCACGCAGGAAUGUGCGAAUGUGGUCACUAUGCUUGCUAGGACUGGUUACAUGACUGGACAGAGUAUUCUGCUAUCAGGCGGGUUGAAGUAG